AAGUUUAAUGAAAAUCAAAGUGGAUUUUCAAAUCCUAAUGGUUUCUAAAAUAAUGUUCUAGAACUUUACCGUGAUAAGAUAGCGUAAUACAUCGAAGACAAUAUAUAUUAUAUAUAUAAAUAUUUAAAAAGAACAAAAAAAAAAAAAAAACAACAACAAAGAAACAAGAUAAAAAGAUGGUUAGAAGUUGAAACGCAUCAUCGUUAAGUUUUUCUACGAACGCAGUUCAUAUUUUAGAAAUUAAUUCCGAAAGUUUAUGCAUCAGAAACAAGAUUAUGAUUCAACAGAUAUAUUAAUACACGUAUCAUGAUUUAACAUUUGCGCUCCUGUAUAAAGCGCACUGUAACAAUUUAAUUUAACAAGGGAUGAUCCCGAAAGCGGAGAUUCAAAAAAUUAUGAAGCUUUAUGAAUAUGUUUGCUGCUCUCGUUUUCAGUCGAAGGGGAUGAAAAUCGUCUGUAAAACUUGGCCAGUUUUAAAUGUAAUUUUCAAAACAAGCAAAGUUUUAAAAACGAUUUACACCCCCUUAGUUUCAUAACUUUGUUGAAUUUCCGGUUUCGGGAUCAUCCCUUGUGAGAUAACGCGAGCGCAAGUUGCUUCUUUAUUAUAAACAUUAUUACGUAGAAGAUUAUUAUUAACGCUCACACAACUCGCUACGUUCAAUGUUCGACAGUAUCUCCUGUCGUGGUUGAUUUUGAUCUGAUUUGAAGGUGUUGUACGAAAAUACCUGUUUCGCAAUGUGUCAAUUAUAGCUGCAGAGAAUAUAUAUAUGUAUACCCUUGUACACGAGACAACGGUUCAGUGUUGUUCGAAACUCUGCAUUUUACGAUUCUCUAUGUAUGUAUUUGAUAAAUUAUGUCUUGGAAGAUGAUGCGCUAUUCGGUCGCGUGUUGAAGUACGACGAUCGUAGACGCGAACACCUUUUAUGGCCGGUACGUUACAACGGUCGUAAUGUCGCGAAAACGAUCGUCACGAUAUAUGUAUUUUAUUUAUAUCGUGAAAUUCAAUGUAAAUACGCAGAAAAAGAAGAAAAUGUAGGUAUUUUGUGUAAAUGCAAUUGUAAAUAUAUAUUAUUCGAGCGAUAGCGUAAAUCGCUUAUUAACGACAUUGUCAUUCCGACAGCGGCGUGCACAAAACUAUUGUUUGUGAUCUCGUAGUAAUCAGUAAUCAUGUAAUAUAUUUAAUGUAUUAAUAGUAUAUUCAUGUAUGAAACAUGUGUCUGUUUUUUAAGUUGCCGUCACACAGCAAUAUACAUAAAGUUUACAUCAAUCAUUAGAAACGUGUUUCCUGUGUAUUUCAAACCCUCGUACGUUAUGACGAAUCAAAUUAAUUGCAUUCAAGAUUUUCUAUCCGAUAGAAAACGAUCGAAACUCGGUUCAUUGUUAUUGGUAUUAUUCAGAAAACGUGCGUCUCUGGUCAUAUAUACAGAGGAGAAACCGAAUAAUGAUGGCUGCUAAUAAGAUUCCAUCCAUUGUUGCACACAAAAGCACGAGUACCGGCUGGUACUCACCUAUAGGUCAGCAAUGUGUGUACGGUCAGUCGGUCGGUCGGUCGGUCGGUCGGUCGGUUGACUGUCGGCUGAUUCACCCAUUUACUGCAUCCAUACGUCUGGCUGCAUGUAUGCACAUUUACCAUUGCACUGGAAGUCGCACGCUCUCUCGAAAAUCACAGACAAUAAUAAUAUUACAGUAGACUCUCGUUAUAUUGCCGCGGCGAGGGUAAAAAUUUGUUAAGCUUUCAAACUUUAAUUAACUAAUCAUUUACCAUAAUGCUAUGCGGCCCGACUAUUCGGGUCGAUACAUACGAUGCACAUCCAUUGCCACGAGUAAUUAGAAUGAAAGUGCAUUACACGGCUAAAUGGAGACGUAAAGUUUAUUGUACAACUUCGAGGUUUCCGGAGAUAGGAUUCGAGAAGAAUUACCACCAUGGUACUUGACAUUCCAAACCCUACUUCCCUGAUGUAUAAAGUUAUCAAUUGAUUUCAGUAUCAUCUAAUAGACGAGGGUGGCAGGCAGACGUAAAGACUUUAAGGACGCGCGUCUCGACGGGCGUCGCGUCGUACGUCUGGCGACAAGUUGCACGCAUACAAGCGACAAGAGGGACAACGAUAAGGACAAGAACGACGAAUAGGAGCACGACCGCGACCACGUCCACAAGAAUCGUGGUCGUGGUCGUAGUCGUCAGGAGUGUGGCUGGUACGAGAAGAGAUAUCCUCCGGUUCGUGAGGGACCUAUAUAACUGUACCGUGUGUCUGGGUCAGGGGGCGGGCCGCCACGUUUAUAGUAUACUCUCUAUAUCGGACAGGUGUACCCCAUUCCGAGUCCACGAGUUCUCGCGUGCACCAUCGAGCCCCAGCCAGCCAGGCCGGCAACGCGUCUUUCUAGCUGCCGCGAACAGAUAUUGUGGCUGAUCGCUGUAAACACGAGCAGAUCAGUCCAGUCGCACGGCCAGCCUCCGACGACACUUAACGAGUCGUUCGGAAGAGCAUCAGUCGGCCGCAAGCGGUUUCCAAACGUCUCUUCGGUCCUACCUCUUCGCGCGUUCAUCGCCGGUUUCGUCCCCGUUUCCGCCACUGAAAUCGGUCGAGAUCAACUGACUGUGCUUUAGAGAGCCUCCGACCGCGCGGGUACGCGGAGAUUUCUCGGCACAUGGUGCUUCAAUCAGUGAGGUGCGUCCAUCGAAUUCUCCUUCUGUUCAUUGUUGCACAUUUCUGACACGGAAUCCGGGACCAACCACGCUGUUUCUUCACGUCCGCUUCCUAAUUGAAUACACCUGUGCAUUUACAAUACUCCACCGUGGACACUAACACGGUAUGCGGUGGCGAAUCUUCAUUUUAGCCAGUCUCCUAUUGAAGGGGCUGGCUCGAGCCGAGGAUGUGGAGGUAGUCGAGGCGAUUCCAGGCGAGGAUAACCGGAAUGACAAUUCAGCGUUGAAUCGGCAAGACAACGACAUAAACAGUUCCGAUCAGUUGGCGUUAGAAUCGUUAGGGGAGAAGGACGCAGGUGGUAAUCAUUACAAACCGGGAGGGCUGCGAGGGCAUCCACUUCCGCUUCCACCGAGUCGAGGUGGUCUGGGUAUGGCACAUCCAAGACCGCAUCACAACGUCGCUUAUCACGGUCCGCCGCCUCCUUUGCCUCCUUCGAAGACACCGUCGGAAGCGAUUGACAAGAUCUACACGACGGGGGGUGGUAUUAGCACAGCGGUAGGCGCGGAACCCUGGCCGGCACCCACGCCGGACAUGCCGAAGAUCAUCUCACUAGACGUGAAGUGCGAGAAGAAUCUGAUGAAAGUUUAUCUCGGCUUCGACAAACCGUUCUACGGUAUAGUCUUCAGCAAGGGCCAUUAUAGCAACGUAAAUUGCGUGCACUUGCCGGCGGGUUUAGGACGUACGUCGGUCAACUUCGAGAUUAGCAUACACGCAUGUGGCACAGCCGGGAACACGGAAAAUGGUUUAUACGGGUACGGUGCCGAGUCCGGGUCGGGCACGUACUUCGAGAACAUUAUCGUGGUGCAGUACGAUCCGCAAGUUCAAGAAGUUUGGGACCAAGCGCGUAAACUUCGGUGUACGUGGCACGAUUUGUACGAGAAAUCUGUCACCUUCCGUCCGUUCCCCGUCGACAUGUUGGACGUGGUGCGAGCUGAUUUCGCCGGCGACAACGUCGGCUGCUGGAUGCAAAUACAGGUCGGUAAAGGUCCAUGGGCGUCGGAGGUAUCAGGGCUGGUUAAGAUCGGUCAAACGAUGACGAUGGUACUCGCGAUAAAGGACGACGACUCGAAGUUCGAUAUGCUCGUGAGAAACUGCAUGGCUCACGAUGGUAAACGAGCCCCGAUACAAUUGGUAGAUCAGAGAGGUUGCAUUACCAGGCCUAAGCUGAUGUCACGAUUCACCAAGAUCAAAAACUUCGGCGCCUCGGCUUCGGUGCUUUCCUACGCUCAUUUCCAGGCAUUCAAAUUCCCCGACUCGAUGGAAGUACACUUUCAAUGCACCAUACAGAUAUGCCGAUACCAAUGCCCCGAACAAUGCUCCGAAUCCCCUUUGCUGUUGGAAUCGCAGGGUCUUCUGGAGAAUCAUCAUCAUCCACCGUCUAAUGGACAUCCCGAUUCCAGCUACGGUCUUCCGCCUCCUGUUCCACUUCCCUUGGAAGCUUAUUUGCAGGCGGCAGCUGGACGACCUAGGGACGAGAGGCGAAGAAAAUCCCGAGAAAUAGUACCGGCACCGCAAAAGGCGGUCGGAGUGAAUCGAAUAAUACGGGUGGUAUCCACCGGUGACCUAACGUUUUCCAUCCACGAUUCGAACAAUGAGGAAUCUAAUGGACCGACGAUGGUGUUUCCCGUACGUAACGAGAAUACCGCGAACGCGGCUAUGAUUUGCAUGACUACCCCAGGUUUUGCCGUUACUCUCAUAGUACUUCUUGCCGUGUUACUUUCCUCCUGUAUACUUUCCACCUACCUCUGUCUACGUCUAAGACCGUUCUCAGGAAAAGCUAAGAAGGCUACGACGUAUUACAAUGGAGAACAAAACGCUUCAAAAAAGUCGACUAGGACGUGUUUUUACUCGUAGGUACAAAACGGUCGCGGCAGUUUAGCAAACGGUACGCUGUCGAUCGAUGCAACUUUUUCUCUUUUUCCAUCGCGCGAAGAAUCAUCGAAUCAUACGGGUCGUACAUUUCCUGUGCGACACCGUUCGACUGCUUUCCUAGCGUUUAAUUAUCUGAAAAGGAAAAAAAAAUAUAUAUAUAUAUUACGUAUCAUCGCGAACGCGUAGCAUGUUCGUUCAUUAGAUCGAAAGUUAGACAGGCAUUAACCCACUUUGUUAUGGAGAGUUGCUCAAUGAAACGUUACCAGAUUCUCGAUACUUGUACAGUAUACAUUCUGGUGACUUAGCUGUUAUAUUUAUUUGUUCGAUCGAUCGAGACCGUUGGCAGACGAUUUUUUAAGUUUUAUUCAUUGGAUGUCGCAGAAACCGGUCCUCUUGGUCGCGCCAUUCCAGGUAAUCGUAGAGGCUACAGAAUGUCGUAAGCACGAUUCUGUAUAUCACCACGUACCAGACCGAGUAUCCGUUCGUAAUAAAUCAAAUAAAAAAUAGGAUACUCUCUGCUACGUGUAUCGUGUACGAUCGAGAAUGAUCGAACAGUACGGAUUCGUGCUUCUUCGCAAUAACGAAACUUACGCUCAAGCCCUGACAGGCGUUUCCGUGUAUAGACAUCAAAAGAAAUUUAGUCAAAGAUAAUCAAACACUUUGCGCUCGCGACUCCCUUGUUACAUUUAUUUUCGGGACCAUGGUACUUGGGUAUUUUUAUUUCCAAUCGUUAACCGUUGCGCGUGUAACUCGGUUACGAUUAAGGCUGAAAUACUGCGAGAGAAUAGUCUACGCAUUAAGCAAAAACUAUCGUUUUCUUGUUCUUUUAAUAUUGUUGACGAUAUUAUUGUUUUAAUAUUAUUUAUUUGUAUGCGUAAUUUAAUGUUCCAAAUUUGUUCGGCUUUAUACGCUGUAUCUUGUGAACUUGUAACCAGCUGGUGAUUAUCAGGAAAUGAUUAAAAAUAUUAGCUCGAUUUUAUUCAUUUUUCAUUCGAAUUAAUAGGAAUUUCACUUCAGUGAAGUGAUUUUUUUGUAAGGUGUGUUGCCAUGUGUAAGUAAGGAAAAAUAAUAUUCAUUUUUCUAUAACGUUAGAUUAGUAAUUAACCCUUGGACGACGGACAAUGGAUAGAGCCCCAAUUUUCAUUUAAUUUUGUACUUCAUAUUAUUUUCAUUUUUUAAAUUUUACACUGUUUCUUCAAAAAUUAAACAUUUACAAUUCAGUCACAAUUGGUUCAGACUCCGCUGUUCAGAAGAGUUAAUAAGUGUAUCUGAAGGUACAUAGCUAAAAAAAAAAUUAUCUAUUUAAUAAAAAAAAAAAAAAAAA